AAUGAAAAUCCUCAUCAUCCUUCACCACAAUUCAAAUAUUAUAGUUGAAGCAUAGUAGUAGAAUCCAACAACAAUGAAGAUCAUUUUCGUAUUUGCUCUCCUUGCUAUUGUUGCAUGCAAUGCCUCUGCGCGGUUUGAUCCUCUUAGUCAAAGUUAUAGGCAAUAUCAACUACAGUCGCAUCUCCUACUACAGCAACAAGUGCUCAGCCCAUGCAGUGAGUUCGUAAGGCAACAGUAUAGCAUAGUGGCAACCCCCUUCUGGCAACCAGCUACGUUUCAAUUGAUAAACAACCAAGUCAUGCAGCAGCAGUGUUGCCAACAGCUCAGGCUGGUAGCACAACAAUCUCACUACCAGGCCAUUAGUAUUGUUCAAGCGAUUGUGCAACAGCUACAACUGCAGCAAUUUAGUGGUGUCUACUUUGAUCAGACUCAAGCUCAAGCCCAAACUCUGUUGACCUUCAACUUGCCAUCCAUAUGUGGUAUCUACCCUAACUACUAUAGUGCUCCCAGGAGCAUUGCCACUGUUGGUGGUGUCUGGUACAAUCCUACAAAAAUGAAGAUCAUUUUCGUAUUUGCUCUCCUUGCUAUUGUUGCAUGCAACGCUUCUGCACGGUUUGAUGCUCUUAGUCAAAGUUAUAGACAAUAUCAACUACAAUCGCAUCUCCUGCUACAGCAACAAGUGCUCAGCCCAUGCAGUGAGUUCGUAAGGCAACAGCAUAGCAUAGUGGCAACCCCCUUCUGGCAACCAGCUACGUUUCAAUUGAUAAACAACCAAGUCAUGCAGCAACAGUGUUGCCAACAGCUCAGGCUGGUAGCGCAACAAUCUCACUACCAGGCCAUUAGUAGCGUUCAGGCGAUUGUGCAGCAACUACAGCUGCAGCAGGUCGGUGUUGUCUACUUUGAUCAGACUCAAGCUCAAGCUCAAGCUUUGCUGGCCUUAAACUUGCCAUCCAUAUGUGGUAUCUAUCCUAACUACUACAUUGCUCCGAGGAGCAUUCCCACCGUUGGUGGUGUCUGGUACUGAAUUGUAAUAGUAUAAUGGUUCAAAUGUUAAAAAUAAAGUCAUGCAUCAUCAUGCGUGACAGUUGAAACUUGAUGUCAUAUAAAUCUAAAUAAAAUCACCUAUUUAAAUAGCA